AGAGAGAGUUGUGAUAUAUACCAUAGCUAGCUAGCCAUGAAUUCACCAACGAAUGUUUCUCGCACUUUUUAUUUGGCCAUUGCUUCUGCCUUGCUAUUGUUUUCGCUAUUAAUGAGUAUGCCUACUAACGCACAAUUAUCUUCUACCUUUUACGACAAUACCUGUCCCAAUGCACUCAACACUAUCCGAACUUCAAUUAGACAAGCCGUAUCACGUGAACGCCGGAUGGCAGCAUCUCUAAUUCGACUCCAUUUCCAUGAUUGCUUUGUUCAGGGUUGUGAUGCCUCAAUCUUACUUAGUGAGGCCGCUACCUCAACGAGUGAGUGGACUGAAGCGCCUAAUGCGGAUUCUACAAGAGGUUAUGAAGUCAUAGAUGCCGCCAAGGCUAAGGUGGAGAAAAUAUGCCCUGAAGUUGUUUCAUGUGCUGACAUACUUGCAGUGGUAAAACUUGGAAGAAAAGAUUCUACCACAGCCAGCCGUGAUCUAGCAAACUCCGAUCUUCCCUUCUUCCGAAGUAACGUCAACCAGCUUAUUGCAAACUUCGCUAGAAAGGGGCUUAGUGCAAGGGACAUGGUUGCCUUAUCAGGGGCACACACCAUAGGACAGGCACAAUGCUUCACCUUUAGCGACCGGAUAAACAGUAAUGGAAGCGACAUUGAUGCUAGCUUUGCUAGCACGCACACGCGUGGUUGCAGGAAUGCAAAUUUAGCGCCUCUUGAUCUAGUGACGCCCAAUUCGUUCGACAACAACUACUUCAAAAACCUAAUUCAAAAAAAGGGCCUUCUCGAGUCGGACCAAACACUUUUCAGUGGAGGACCAACCGACAAUAUCGUUUCGCAAUAUAGCAGAAACCCUUCGACGUUAAUUUAA